GCUCGCAGCUUCGACCAUUCACGGUUACCACUCGCGAGGGUUCGCAUCGCGGGACUAGUGCUGCCAUUGGAGUAGGAAUCUUGUGGCCGUGCCGCGUCGUAGACGAAAAAGAAAGCAAGCUGGCCAUCGGCACCGAACUGCCAGCACGUGAAAGCCGAAUCGGUUCCAGCAUCAUCCGCUCGUAACGGUGCACCAUCACGUUGUGAACCGGUUGACCCGAAUAGCACUCAUCGACCGCACGUCGCCGGGAAGCCAACGGUCGUACGGAAGCGUUGCCCAACGCACGACGCGUAGUAUAGAGUGUGUUCUAGUGGCUAGUGGUGCCAGUUUCGCAAUUGUUUCGCGUUGAAUCGUCGUGUCUGUUCUUCACGAAUCCCUUGACUGCUCCAACUUGCCAAGCCAGUAAGGGCAAGGGCCUUGUGCGGUGUGCAGAGAUUGCAGAGAGUGUUGUGCCGCAGUGCGAUUCGUGUGCCCGUAACGAAUAGAUUCAGGUGGAAAGUUUGGUGGCAUUUCACAUCAUUAAUUCCCAACCAACCAACAAACCGUUCCACCUGCUACCGGAUCCCCCCCCCCCCCCCCCCGGAUUUGCGAGAGAAAGGCCUGCCAACACACCAACCAUCAUGGUGCUGCGAAUGAGGGAUAUGUUGUACGAGAAUCCGCUCGAUCAUUUUCUCUCCCUGCUGUUCGAUUUGACGAUCUUCUUCCUCAAAUCCAUCUUUUACACGCUGGAAACGAUCGCGCUAACGCUCACACCCUACCGAUUUCGGAAGCUGAAGGAUGUAAGCGGCCAGGUAGUGCUGAUAACUGGAGGUGGUGGAGGCGUUGGCCGACUGUUAGCCUUGAACUUUGCACGUCUACGAGCCCGGGUCGUCAUCUGGGACAUCAAUAAGGACGCACUGAAAGGUACGGCCGAUGCACUUGCUGCUGAGGGGUACGAAUGUCGGACGUAUCUGGUAGACAUCUCGGAGCGGGAACGGGUGUACGAGGCCGCAAGAAAAGUACAACAGGAAGUUGGUCCAGUGGAGGUACUGAUUAACAAUGCCGGGAUUGUCGCCUGUCGUCCACUCUGGGAGCUAUCGGAUAAAGCGAUCGAGAGUACCUACGCCGUGAACAUUCUGUCACAUUAUUGGACCACACGAGCAUUUUUAACCGAAAUGAUGAAAUCAAACAGUGGACAUAUCGUUACCGUUGGUUCGGUGGCAGGUUUGCUGGGCACUUAUGGCUGCACGGACUAUAGCGCGACCAAGUUUGCGUGUGUUGGUUUUCACGAAGCGCUCUUCACGGAGCUAAAGACACACGGUUACGAUGGUAUCAAUAUGACGCUCGUCUGUCCGUACUACAUCAACACUGGCAUGUUUGCUGGCUGCAAGCCUCGUCUGUUACCAAUGCUCGAACCGGCACACGUUGCCGAUAGUAUGGUGCGCUCGAUAUUGAAAAAUGAGGUUACCUGUACGCUACCGGAUCACGUGCGCAUGUUCCUGCCGCUCAAGUGUUUGCUACCGGCAAAGAUGUGUUGGGAGCUAAUGUACCGCGUGAUGAAGGGUCCCGAAACGAUGAUGGGCUUCCGAGGACGAGGCAAAGCGACGGCUGGCUAAGAUCCUGGCCAGGUGUUGCCAGUAAAUCACAUUCCAUCGCAUGCUCAUUGUUUUCUUUCACACAUUUUAACGCCUCAUAGUACUAUGAUCCUCAUAGCGAGCUAUGAAGAUGACGAAGAUGAAACGGUAACAUUUACUU